AUGGUAUUAAUUACUCCGUUUUUCACCAUUAUUGGUUCUUUCAAUGGAUUGGUAUGCCUUAACGAGUAUACACCGAGCAGCACUAGGGAUGUUUUAUAUUUGUGGAACCCCUCUAUUGGGAAAUUCAUAGUACUUCCAGAACCUCGCAUUACCUAUUGUGAUCGUGCUCUUGGAUUCGGAUUCAAUUCCACAACUAAUGACUAUCAGGUGGUUAGAAUUGCUUAUGUUUCUAGUGGCCUUGAGGUUGACAUGUAUUCUCUUAAAGAGGGCUGUUGGACAAGAAUUAGUGUUUGUGGUACCAUACCCUGUAUCCGUUUUGAUUCAUCUCAUACUUCUCUCAAUGGGACUCUCCACUGGAUUUCCGAGCCUGGUCAUCGUUUCCCGUUCAUUGUGUUUUUCAAUUUGGGUAGCUAG